UUCCCCAGGCUCUCUGUCUGUCUCAUCUGGUAGGUUCCACACUGGUACAGGCAGCAUUGACUGCACAAUGGUUUAACACGGGUGAUGGCGGUGAUUCAGCAAUCUCUCCCUCCUCUCCAGCAGCUCUCUUCUCUCUCUCCUCCUCCUCCUUUCCAGGCAUCCUCUCCGAUCCAUUGUGCAUCUUUUGUGUUUCAUUCUUCUUUUGCGAAAAGCAAAAUGGUUUGAAUCCGGAUUGCAGUGGGGGGGACUGUUACCAUACCAGGAUUCUCUUCAGUUGGCACGGCAUGUAAAUAUCCGUAACUCCUAAAGCCAUGAGAGAAACACUUUCACCGAUGUUGCAUCCUGCAUAUACAGAGGCCUCGUGGGACCCACUAACAACAAGUAUUUAUGAGCCGACAUUUCUUAUAUUACUGCAGUGAACCUAUCUUGGAUGUGAAGAUUGCGUUUUGUCAGGGAUUUGGCAAACAAGUGGAUGUUUCAUAUAUUGCUAAACACUACAACAUGAGUAAAAGCAAAGUGGACAACCAGUUCUACAGCGUAGAAGUAGGUGAUUCUACCUUCACAGUUCUUAAACGCUAUCAGAAUCUAAAGCCCAUUGGAUCUGGGGCUCAGGGAAUUGUGUGUGCUUCAUAUGAUGCUGUACUUGAUAGAAAUGUGGCCAUUAAGAAACUCAGCAGACCAUUUCAGAACCAGACGCAUGCCAAGCGGGCUUAUCGAGAGCUUGUGCUCAUGAAAUGUGUCAACCACAAAAACAUCAUCAGUUUAUUAAAUGUGUUUACACCUCAAAAAUCUCUAGAAGAAUUCCAGGAUGUGUAUUUGGUUAUGGAACUGAUGGAUGCCAACCUGUGCCAGGUAAUCCAAAUGGAACUGGAUCAUGAGCGAAUGUCCUACCUACUGUAUCAGAUGCUGUGUGGCAUCAAACACCUCCAUUCUGCUGGCAUUAUUCACAGGGAUCUAAAACCCAGCAACAUUGUGGUAAAAUCAGAUUGCACGCUGAAAAUCCUUGACUUUGGCCUGGCAAGGACUGCAGGAACAAGCUUCAUGAUGACUCCCUAUGUAGUAACCCGUUAUUAUAGAGCACCAGAAGUAAUUCUGGGGAUGGGGUACAAAGAAAAUGUGGAUAUUUGGUCUGUGGGGUGCAUUAUGGGAGAAAUGGUCCGCCACAAAAUCCUCUUUCCAGGAAGGGACUAUAUUGAUCAGUGGAAUAAGGUUAUUGAGCAGUUGGGAACACCUUCCCCAGAGUUCAUGAAGAAAUUGCAGCCCACUGUUCGUAACUAUGUGGAGAAUAGGCCCAAGUAUACGGGACACACUUUCCCCAAGCUCUUCCCAGACUGUCUCUUCCCAGCAGACUCGGAGCAUAAUAAACUAAAAGCCAGCCAAGCCAGAGAUCUUCUGUCCAAAAUGUUGGUUAUUGACCCUACCAAACGGAUAUCUGUGGAUGAAGCCUUACAGCACCCAUACAUAAAUGUCUGGUACGAUCCAGCUGAAGUUGAGGCGCCUCCUCCCCAAAUUUAUGAUAAACAGCUUGAUGAGAGAGAGCACAGUAUAGAUGAAUGGAAAGAAUUAAUCUACAAGGAGGUGAUGGAUUUUGAGGAGAAAACUAAAAACGGUGUUGUGAAGGGGCAACCUUCUCCCUCAGGUGCAGCAGUGAAUAGCAGCGAAAGUCUUCCUCCAUCCUCAUCAGUAAACGACAUCUCCUCCAUGUCAACCGAUCAGACCCUUGCUUCAGACACUGACAGCAGCCUGGAAACUUCAGCAGGACCGCUUUGUUGCAGGUGACUAACCGUCUGCCUGCGGAACCCGUACUUCUUUCGAAAGUGAUGCAAGUACUAAAUACUCAGCACAGCUCUCUGGAACCAAACUAUUUAAAAAGGAACAUGGAAGUACUGAUGCUAAAAUAUUAUGUCAAACUGCUUUGCUUAUCUCAUUCCAAUGAAACUGACAUUCAUUAAGAGUAUGCGGGUGUCAUUUCACAUGUAAAUAUGUGAUUAUAAACUGGCUCCCUGUUGUACUUGCUUUGCUAAUGCAAGGUGAGCAGGAAGGGUAUAGCAUUAUAGUUAAAACUGAAUGCACUUUUGUCUCCUUAAAGUUGAAAUAUGUGUCCCUUCUUUCACUUACUGUAUAUUUGCUGACUAUUAACACCUUGGCAAAAUAUAUUCCUACAAAUGGCCACAUGCAUAUUACCUAUCAAACGCUUCUUGAAUUUUAUGCUACAUAGUAAUAACUAUAAAUAUGACAGAAAAUGCAAUUAUUUUAUUCCUUUGAGCAAUUAAUUUCAUUGCCACUUAAAGCAUCAAAUUAAUUUCUGCAAGUCUACUUAACGGGACAUUCAGAAACUAAAACCAUUUCUGAUCAUGCAGAGGCUGUCAACUAUAAUGUUACUACUUUGUUUCGAUUAAUACUGCCUACUUGAAUGGUUAAAGGGUCUAUACUCUUGGUAACUUCCCUAGUAAAGUUGCAGUCCAAAUCUUUCAAUGCAUCUAAUGUUUUAAAAUCCUUAGUGUACAAUUUUCAUAAAAUGAUCCAACGUCUGUAGAUUGAUUUUGGGUUAAAAUAGUAAGGUGGUAGCUAUGUUCUGUUAUAUCUUUUUGUCAUUUACUCCAAACUAAAUUGGAAGCCCUUACAUAAACUCUGCAAGGAAGUACGUGUCAAACAGUAUGGCAUGGUUUUUUCCUCAGCUUUUGGAUAUGAUAUUUUGACAUUAUCACUUUAAAAAAUAAUACGUUUAAGUAAAGAAAGCAAGCUGUGUUAGGUCUAUGAUCUGAAUGGAGAGAUCCUGGAAUUCCUGCUCAUAGAAGCAUUUGUAUGCUAUGCUUGAGGUGGCAGGAACUUUUGGCCAGUAAAGUAAAAGACCUACACAUCGAAAACAACUGCACACCUUGACAUAGUUGGCUACAGUCUUUCGUUGCACUUGCCUGCAGUUGUGCAUGAUGAAACUUCCAAAUAUAUUCCUUUUAAAUGGAAAGUAAAAUAUACAUAUAGGUACUGUAGGCUAUUAUGUGAUACAUUAUGUAUGCCACUAUGGACCUGAAACAUGUCGCUGUAGUCUUAAACUCCUUUAUGCUGAACCUGCAUGGACUUGUAAUAUGUUUACUUUGUUCCCCAGCAAACAGAGUAUUUUGAAUUGUUAUAAAUUGCAUUAACUAGAAUCAAAUUUAUUAGCUGUCCAUUUGAAAUUUAAAAAAAAAGCUGUAACUGGUGGGCACAUUAGAUCAGAACAUUGAGAUCCCCAUUCAGGACAUUAGUAAUGUGAAAUAUAAAGAAAAGCAUAGGAUGUAUAACCACAGUGAGUUCAUCUUAGAUCAGAAGGUUCAAACCAAGGUUAAUAUCUGGACUGAAAUGAAACAGUAGGAAAUUAUGCAGUUCUAAUCAUAUUUGUGGAUAAGUAACUUCUGGGGUAAAAAAAUGACUGAUUCUCAAAUGCAUAUCAGAUUUGAUUGGCUGGCAGGGUAUCUAAAGUCCUUGAAACAUUUCAAUGAACUGUUAUGAAAGGGUGCUUUCAAAAUAGCAAUUAGGAUUGAGCAAAGCUUGAUUUGUUUUGAGAUUAAAAUUAUGAAUGAUUGAAAAACAUGCGUACAACAGUACAGAAGUGAAUGUAUUUCAGAGAGUACUUGUAAUGUUGACAUGAGUUCAGUAGGAGUAAUAAUUCUAACAUAAUGAGCCUCCUUAUUCUCUGACUUGUCAAAUUGAGACAAGUACUCAGUUUUCUAGAAGCUGUUUAAAUGGCAUAAAAUUCUUAUAGUGGUCAGGGCAGGUCAGAAAAAUCAAGUCUCUGAAUUUUACAUUGAAUUGUGCUGCACCCAAAACUUCUGAGAAAAUCCUGUGCUUCAGCUAAAUGUAAUUGGUUUUUCCAAAUUUCACCCGAGGUUUCCCAACUAACAUGAGACCCUAACUGGAAUGAUUACAUCAUUGAUAAUAACAUAAGUGCAUUAAGGAUUUGCAGGGAUGUUGAAAUAGACUUCUCAAAGGAAGCGUAAUGUCAUGCUGUUUUCAGUUAUAAUUUUUUGUUUCUUUUCUGCAUUUUCAGUUAAAUUUUGCUCUGCAUAUUAAUUGGUUAUGCUAAGUUAGCUAUUUUGUCCAUUCCUCAUUACUGCAACCAUUAAAAUAUCUCUAAUUAAGCUGUCAAGCUGGGAGAUAAUUUAGUGUUCUAAUAGUUUACAUUUUUUUCAGUUAAGGAAGAUAGUCAGCACUCUGAAUGCAGUAAAACGGUUAUAAGUUCCAGAGGAAAGGUUCACAAAUGGUUUCAGAGGAGGAGUAUUAUCAGUGAUGGAGAAUGAAAUUACUCGGAGGAAGGUUAUGAGAAGAAUUGACAAUGUUAGAAUGAAGAAAUCUAAAAGGAGUUAAGACUAUAGUGCAGUUGUAUGUUAGCCCUUGCAACCAACUAUAUAGUGGAAGAUUGUAUACAUGCGAAGUGAUUUAAAAGGAGGAUUUAGCUAUAUAGACUUGAGUAAGAAAACUAGCAUAUGACAGAAAACCAGUGAAUUUAUUGGGAACUGCUUUUCCCAUGAACACAAAGCUUGUCACUGCAUAAAACUCACAUUCCACCAGAAUUUACAUCUGCCAAGGAUUAACUGUUAUUUCAGCCAUUUGGAUUGUCAAAUAUUUGCAGUUACUCUAGAAGGGAGAUAUGAAUUGAGAGGACAUAAAGUCUACGGGUAGAGAAGUUCUCUUGAGUAAAGGUCAAUAGAGAUAGUACCCCAGGUGCACUUCAGAGCUAUUCCAACAGUUCAUACAUGAGCAGAAACAAAGACAUUCAAUUAAAUUUCAGGUGAUAUUUGACCACUGAGACAAGAUACAUUUCAGCAGCCCUUAGCCAGGCAGCAGCCUUUCAUCUUUUAUGAGUAUUGCCUCUUUAGGCCAUACAAACUGUGUAAAGUAAAAAUGUUUUCAAUUGCCUGGAUAAAAUAUGAUUAAAAUCUGCUACACAAAGUUUAAGAUUUGCAACAUUUGCUCCCCACACUAUAGGAAGGAUGUGCAGGCUUGGGAGAGGAUGCAAAAGGAGUUUACCAGGAUGUUGCCUGGACUGGAGUAAAUUAGCUACAAGGAGAGGUUGGAUAUACUUGGAUUAUUUUUGCAAGAGCAUCGGAGGCGGAGGAGUGACCUGACAGAAGUACAUAAAAUUAUAAGAGGCAUGGAUAGGGUGGAUAGACAGAAUCUUUUGCCCAGAGUGGACUGUAUAAUACUAGCGUGCAUAAAUUUAAGAUGAGAGGAGGAAAAUUUAUUGCAAGGAAAGUCCUUUACACAAAUGAUGGCAGCUGCCUGGAACACACUGCUGGGGGAGGUGGUGGAGGCAGAUAUGUUAGCAACGUUUAAGAGGGGUUUAGACAGACACAUGAGCAGGCAGGGAACAGAAGAAUACACACCAUGUGCAGGCAGUUGGUAUUAGUUUAGAAUGGCAUCAUGGUUGACACUGACAUCGUUGGCCAAGGGGUGUACUGUAUUGUUCUAUGUUCUAUUAUUCAGGAUCACCAACCACUUUUGCUGGACUGAUAAUCUCCAUCAUUUUCCAGCCUGCUCCCUGCCAGCUUAAAAUACUAUUACAUGUGUCAAAAAUUAUUGCUUCUGAUCAAGUUGGGAUCAAUUGUUCACUUCUGGUUAUAAUGUAAUUUGCACCUUCCCCAGUUAGAAAGUAAAGAUAGGUUUAGUUCCAGAAUUUGUCACCAUGAUAGAAGUUCAAACUUCCACCAACUGUUCAUCAGCUUUCCUGAACUUGUCCCACAAAUUCAUGUCAAUCACCAUUUUGGGAUAUAAUUUGAAU